AGGGGCGCGCGGGCCAGGGCGGUGGGGACAGCGGGACAAGCGGCCGGACUGAGCGCGCAAUGCCUCACUUCACCGUGGUGCCGGUGGACGGGCCGCGCCGCAGAGACUAUGACAACCUCGAGGGGCUCAGUUGGGUGGACUACGGGGAGCGCGCCGAGCGGGAGGAGUCGGACGGACAUGGCAAUCACAGGGAGAGCAGCCCUUUCUUAUGUCCCUUGGAGGCUUCUAGAGGAAAUGACUACUAUGACAGGAACCUGGCACUAUUUGAGGAAGAGCUGGACAUCCGCCCAAAGGUAUCAUCUCUUCUGGGCAAGCUUGUCAGCUAUACCAACCUCACACAGGGUGCCAAGGAGCACGAAGAGGCUGAGAGUGGGGUGGGCACCCACAGAAGAGCAGCCAAGGCUCCCAGCAUGGGCACCCUCAUGGGGGUGUACCUCCCGUGUCUGCAGAAUAUCUUUGGGGUUAUCCUCUUCCUGCGGCUGACCUGGAUGGUGGGCACAGCUGGGGUGCUGCAGGCCCUCCUCAUUGUGCUCAUCUGCUGCUGCUGUACCCUGCUGACGGCCAUCUCCAUGAGUGCCAUCGCCACCAAUGGCGUGGUUCCAGCUGGGGGCUCCUAUUUCAUGAUUUCCCGCUCAUUGGGACCAGAAUUUGGAGGUGCUGUGGGUCUGUGCUUCUACCUGGGAACAACAUUUGCAGCAGCCAUGUACAUUCUGGGGGCCAUUGAAAUCUUGCUGACCUACAUUGCCCCUCCAGCCGCCAUUUUUUAUCCAACAGGUGCUCAUGACACUUCAAGUGCCACAUUGAAUAAUAUGCGGGUAUAUGGGACCAUUUUUCUGAUCUUCAUGACCUUGGUGGUAUUCGUUGGGGUUAAGUACGUCAACAAAUUUGCUUCACUUUUCCUGGCCUGUGUGAUCAUCUCCAUCCUCUCCAUCUACGCUGGGGGCAUCAAAUCUAUCUUUGACCCUCCUGUGUUUCCAGUAUGCAUGCUGGGGAAUAGGACCUUGUCCCGAGACCAGUUUGAUAUCUGUGCCAAGACGACCAUGGUGGGCAAUGAGACCAUGGCCACCCAGCUGUGGAGCCUGUUUUGCAUCAGCCCUAAUCUCACCACUGACUCCUGUGAUCCCUACUUCCUGCUCAACAAUGUGACUGAAAUCCCUGGCAUCCCCGGUGCAGCUGCUGAUCUGCUGCAGGAGAACCUCUGGAGCACCUACCUGGAGAAGGGUGAGGUUGUGGAGAAGCACGGGCUGCCCUCCACAGAUGCCGUUGGCCUGAAGGAAAGUCUGUCCCUGUAUGUGGUGGCUGAUAUCGCCACCUCCUUCACCGUGCUGGUUGGCAUCUUCUUCCCUUCUGUGACAGGUAUUAUGGCUGGUUCAAACCGUUCCGGGGACCUCAGAGACGCCCAGAAAUCCAUCCCAGUGGGCACCAUUCUGGCCAUUGUUACGACCUCCCUAGUGUACUUCAGCAGUGUGGUUCUCUUUGGUGCUUGUAUUGAGGGUGUGGUGCUUCGGGACAAGUAUGGUGAUGGUGUCAGCAGGAACCUCGUGGUGGGCACAUUGGCUUGGCCUUCCCCAUGGGUCAUUGUCAUUGGCUCCUUCUUCUCAACCUGUGGUGCUGGCCUACAGUCUCUUACUGGGGCACCACGACUGCUACAGGCCAUUGCUAAGGACAAUAUCAUCCCCUUCCUCCGGGUGUUUGGCCAUGGGAAGGCAAAUGGGGAGCCAACGUGGGCACUUCUCCUGACAGCACUCAUCGCUGAGCUGGGCAUCCUCAUCGCCUCCCUCGACAUGGUGGCUCCCAUUCUAUCCAUGUUCUUUCUGAUGUGUUACCUGUUUGUGAACCUGGCCUGUGCUGUGCAGACACUCCUUAGGACCCCCAACUGGCGGCCCCGGUUCAAGUACUAUCACUGGGCGCUGUCCUUCCUGGGCAUGAGUCUUUGCCUUGCUCUUAUGUUCGUCUCCUCUUGGUACUAUGCCCUGGUCGCCAUGCUCAUUGCAGGCAUGAUCUACAAAUACAUCGAGUACCAAGGGGCUGAAAAGGAGUGGGGUGAUGGGAUCCGGGGCCUUUCCCUGAGCGCCGCCCGCUAUGCACUGCUGCGGCUAGAGGAAGGGCCUCCUCACACCAAGAACUGGAGGCCUCAGCUGCUGGUACUGCUGAAGCUAGACGAGGACCUUCAUGUGAAGUACCCACGACUCCUCACCUUCGCCUCCCAGCUUAAGGCAGGCAAAGGCCUGACCAUCGUGGGUUCUGUCAUUCAGGGAAGCUUCUUGGAGAGCUACGGCGAGGCCCAGGCUGCUGAGCAGACCAUCAAGAACAUGAUGGAGAUUGAGAAAGUAAAGGGCUUCUGCCAGGUGGUUGUAGCCAGCAAGGUGCGUGAGGGGCUGGCUCACCUUAUCCAGUCUUGUGGCCUGGGUGGCAUGAGGCAUAACUCCGUGGUGCUGGGCUGGCCCUACGGUUGGCGACAGAGCGAGGAUCCACGUGCCUGGAAGACUUUUAUUGAUACUGUGCGCUGCACGACAGCUGCUCACCUGGCCCUGCUUGUGCCCAAGAAUAUCGCCUUCUACCCCAGCAACCAUGAGCGCUACCUGGAGGGUCACAUCGAUGUGUGGUGGAUCGUGCAUGAUGGUGGCAUGCUCAUGCUUUUGCCCUUCCUGCUGCGUCAGCACAAGGUUUGGAGGAAAUGCCGGAUGCGUAUCUUCACAGUGGCCCAGAUGGACGACAACAGCAUCCAAAUGAAGAAGGAUCUGGCCAUCUUCCUGUACCACCUACGCCUUGAGGCAGAGGUGGAGGUGGUAGAAAUGCAUAACAGUGACAUCUCUGCCUAUACUUAUGAGCGGACACUGAUGAUGGAGCAGCGGUCCCAGAUGCUGCGGCAGAUGAGGCUGACCAAGACUGAGCGGGAGAGAGAAGCCCAGCUGGUCAAGGAUCGGCACUCAGCGCUACGGCUGGAGAGCUUGUACUCAGAUGAGGAGGAUGAGUCUGUAGCUGGGGCUGACAAGAUUCAGAUGACAUGGACACGGGACAAGUACAUGGCAACUGAGCCCUGGGACCCCAACCACACUCCUGAAAACUUCCGGGAGCUAGUGCAUAUUAAACCGGAUCAAUCCAAUGUGCGGCGCAUGCACACAGCUGUAAAACUCAAUGAAGUCAUUGUCACACGCUCUCACGAUGCCCGCCUGGUCCUUCUGAACAUGCCGGGCCCACCCAAGAACAGUGAAGGUGAUGAGAACUACAUGGAAUUCCUGGAGGUGCUGACUGAAGGCCUCGAGCGGGUGCUGUUGGUGCGAGGUGGGGGCCGUGAGGUCAUCACUAUCUACUCCUGAGCCCAGUACAGACAUGUGGCUUGGAGUAGAGGUGUCCAGGGUAACAGCCCCCUCCCAGAACCCUCUACCAGUCCUACUUUGCCUGGCUCUGCUUAGUCUCCUUAGAGACAAGGGCCUGUGCCUGACAAUGGAAAUGGAUCCGAGGUCCUGUAGGACCCUGAAAGGUUUGGGUUUUUUUUCUUGUCCAGCACCCCAUUGAGAAGACUGGUGGGGACUGAUGUGGGAAGGCAGCUGGCCCAGCAACAGUAUUUAUUGCUUAUUUAUUGUUUGGAUGUCACUGUCAGAAAGAGGGAAGGGCAGCAAGAGAAGGAGUCUGCCCCAACCCUCCCACGGGAAGACCUGGCUCACGCUUGCUCCUUUGGGCAGGGACCCCCACUAAGCUAGGCCAAAUGGAGCUGGCCAGCUGACGCCUAACUUUUUUCAAUAAAACAUUGUGUACUUCUGGA